AUGUUCAUAAUAGCAUCAACUCAUCUCGCGGCAGAUUUUGCUAGGGUCAUCAACGCGUUCAUCCAAGUUUCAACGACUGAGGAACAGUUAGAUGUCCUCAACGCGACAACCGCUGUUGCAUACAUGAUAAAGACCACCGCAUAUAUGGUACAGACUGUUUGGGUUGGCGACGGUUUCAUGGUGUAUCGAGUGUACAAGGUUUGGAACGGGGACAAACGCAUCGUAAUACCGAUAUGCAUUGCCCUCGUGGGGAGCAUGGCAACAAGUCUCGGCGCUCUUCAUGCGUCCGGGACAAACCACGGGGACGUGUUUGAGAUCAGGAAUUGGGCGUUUGCGACUUUCAGUAUGACAUUGGGAGUCAACUUCAGCGGGACAGCGCUAAUCGCCGGGCGGAUAAUCUGGAAUGAAAGGCAGUUUCGGGAAAUGACCGUUCAAGGCCGGAAUACUAUGUCGGCCGCUGUCAUCAUCAUUGAGUCUGGUGCCAUUUACUCGGCUGGAACGAUAGGCCUUCUCGCAUGCUUCGGCUUAAACAGCUUCUACGCGUAUGUUUUCCAGGACUCGCUAAUGCCGGUAGUGGGGAUUGUGUUCUCUUUGAUCAUUGUCAGAAUCGGCCUCGGGAUGUCAACUAUGACAACCUACCAUACGACAACACGGAGACAGGUUCUCAUCCCUUCAUCGAAUCAGCAGGCGAAUAACGCUCCUCCUCUUGCCAUCAAUGUGUCAAAGAUGACCCAUACGGACGCAGGCUCUGGUUAUCUGAAGGAACGAGGCAUAGAUCAUACCUCCACCUCCGAGGAAGGUCUAGAGCUCUCGCCGACGAAACGCCAUAGUGUAUCAGCUUAA